GGUCUGCAGAAGCACAUUCGACAACCAGCGAUCGUGUAAUCAACGUCGAGUCGCUCGAUAACAGUCUCCACAAGAUGUGCAAAUUCCUAGUGCUCGCCGCGUUCGUCGCUAUCGUCGCGACGGCCAGCGCCUCCACCGAGGGUACUGACUUCUCGCACGGCUUCCAAAUUCUUGGCAAGGUUGUGCGGCAAUACCUCAAUUCUCAGCCGGAGGACUACAAGCUCGGCGAUGGUGUCCAUCUGAUCAGCACCAAGAGCGAGAAUGACGCUAGGGCCAAUACUGAUGAUGGCAGCGUGUUGGGAGCUGUUGAGAACUACCUCCAGACCCAUGAGGUUCGCAUCAAGUUGCCAGAACUCAUGCCAGGCGAAGGUUUCGCUAGGUCUUUCAAGGAUGCCAUGCAAGGAUUAGAUGCUAACUCUCCUGGAACACCAAGAGGCAAGGACAAGAAUGGUCUUGGAGGAAUCAUGAUCCUGGGUCUGAUGAUGGGAAAGAUGAUGGCUGCUUUGGGUCUUGGAGGUGUGGGUCUUUUGGCCAUGAAAGCCCUGAUGGUAUCCGCUUUAGCCCUCAUGUUGUCUAUGAUCAUUGGUUUGAAGAAACUCGUCUCCCAUGAUCACGAUGAUGGCGGUCAUACUGUUAUUCAUGCCUCCCAUGGUCAUGACCACCACAGGAGGAAGAGGGAAGCCCUUGAUAUGGCCUACCAAGCCUGGAGGGAAUACCAAUCUAGCUAAAUCUAGGAAUUACCAAUCCAUCAACCAAUUUCAGAGAAGAUUUUUUAACCAAUAUUUAUUUAUUUAAUAUUUAUUACGUAAAUUAUUUUCCAAUUCAGCGCGUCCCUUCGCCGAGAUCUCCCUUCGAAAAAAAGAAACUCUCUUGUGUUGUAAUUGUUUAUUUGAACUCUUCAGAUCAUUAUAAAUUGUAAAACUUAAUUCUUAUAUGUUUUUUUCUAUUUUUUGAAUAAUAAAAUGAUGUAAAUACCAAAAAAAAA